CCAAAAAUAAUCCAGAUUAUAUAAUCCAUGGGGGUAAACAAACAGGCCCUAAUAAUCGUUACAAUUUGGACCAAAAUUAAAAUUAACUCGGCGGUUACCUGUUGCCACCCGGAUCCCUUCUUCUUCCCUCCCCGAACGAAGAGAGAGAGAAAGAGAGCGCCAUUCCACCACCACCACCUCGCUCCACUCCUCCUCCCCCUUUUCCUCCUUCCUCGCCUCGCUUCUCGCCGAGCCACCCGAUCAACACCCGCGCCCUCCACGCGCCCAGACCGCCGCCAUUCCCUUCCCCGCCCAGCCGCGACGAGGCCGCUGGCACCGCACCUUCUCCCCUCCCCAGCUGCCUACCUUCGCGCGGCGGUCCCGGCGGCGAACAGGCUCGAGGCGGAGCUCCGCGGCGUGCCCGCGGAUGGGCUGGUAGGAGGUGGCGACACUGCGGCGGCAGCCAUGCAUUUCGCCAAGCUCGAUGACUCGCCCAUGUUCCGGACGCAGAUACAGUCACUUGAGGAGAGUGCUGAAUUGUUGAGAGAGAGAUGUUUGAAGUUCCAUAAAGGUUGCCGUAAGUACGCUGAAGGGCUAGGGGAAGCAUACGAUGGAGAUAUUGCAUUUGCCAGCUCACUUGAAACAUUUGGAGGAGGCCACAAUGAUCCAAUUAGUGUUGCUUUUGGUGGGCCUGUAAUGACCAAAUUUACAAUUGCCUUACGAGAAAUUGGAACAUACAAGGAAGUCCUGCGCUCCCAGGUUGAGCACAUGUUAAAUGACAGAUUACUGAAUUUUGUUGACAUUGAUUUGCAUGAUGUGAAGGAUGCUCAUAAGCGCUUUGACAAGGCUAGCCUCUCAUAUGACCAGAUUCGUGAGAAGUACCUAUCAUUGAAGAAAGGUACCCGACCAGACAUAACAACGGCAAUUGAAGAUGAGCUUCAUAGUGCUCGAUCUUCAUUUGAGCAAGCCCGUUUCAACCUGGUCACUUCACUUUCCCAUGUCGAGGCAAAGAAGAGAUAUGAAUUUUUGGAGGCUGUUAGUGCGACGAUGGACUCACAUCUUCGAUAUUUUAAACAAGGAUAUGAACUAUUGCAUCAAAUGGAACCAUAUAUUAAUCAGGUUCUUGCUUAUGCACAACAAUCAAGAGAAAGGGCAAACAAGGAACAAGCUUCUCUUGUAGAGAGGAUGCAUGAGUACAAAAGGCAGAUAGACCGUGAGACUCGGUCUUCUAUAAAUGGUUUGAAUGAUUCUUAUAAUGGUGAUGGAAUACAGACUAUUGGCAGAAGUUCACAUAAACAGAUCGAGGCAGUUAUGCAGUCAACUUCAAAAGGCAAGGUUCAGACCAUUCGUCAAGGUUAUCUUUCGAAAAGAUCUUCAAACUUGAGAGCCGACUGGAAAAGAAGGUUCUUUGUACUUGAUAGUCGAGGAAUGUUGUACUACUAUCGGAAACAAAUUACUAGGCCACCUGCUGGUUGCUCCAUGCAAAGAAGUGUUAACCCCCCUGAACAUGGUUCUGGGUUGUUGAGCAGAUUGUUCUCAUCUCAUUACCAUGGCAUUGUACAUGAUGAAAAGUCUGUUGCACGGCAUACUGUAAAUUUAUUGACAUCAACCAUUAAAGUUGAUGCUGACCAAUCAGAUCUGAGGUUCUGCUUCAGAAUCAUUUCACCCACAAAAAUCUACACAUUGCAGGCAGAGAGUGCAGUAGAUCAGAUGGAUUGGAUUGAAAAGAUAACUGGUGUUAUUGCCUCUUUGCUGAACUCACAAUCCCCAGAACAGUGUUUUUUGUCAAGCCCUAAGGGCAGUGGUCAUGAUAGGAGUACCAGCGAUGGAAGCUCUUUUACAAGUUCAGUAGAAUUUGAACCUUCUGUAAGUGAUGAUUUAGUACUGGAGAAGAAAUCUGGAAAUGGGCAGCAUGAUGUCAGAGGCACACAUCAUCACAGAACCAGCACGAAACCUGAAAAACCAAUUGACUUGCUUAGGAAAGUUGAUGGCAAUAAUAUGUGUGCUGACUGUGGUGCUUCAGAACCUGAUUGGGCAUCAUUAAACCUUGGCGCACUUCUAUGCAUAGAGUGUUCUGGGGUGCACAGAAAUCUUGGAGUGCAUAUAUCAAAGGUUAGAUCUCUGACACUUGAUGUCAGAGUUUGGGAGCCAUCUGUAAUCAAUCUCUUUCAGUCAUUAGGCAACAUGUUUGUCAACAGUAUUUGGGAAGAGACGCUGCCAGAUGAUAAUUCAAGUGCUGAUGGAUCAGACACAUCACAGUACCUCUCUGUUAGCAAGCCUAAACACAAAGAUGUAUUCUCUGCCAAGGAGAAGUUUAUUCAUGCCAAGAUGAAUAUCUCUCUUAUGCUUUUCGUCGGGUACUUUCUAAGCAAGGGACUCUUGCCCAUUUUUCAUGUCGUAACGCUCAUGCUCAAAAUGGUGUGGCUGAGCGCAAGCAUCAUCAUCAUCUUGAGUCUAUGGGGGCUCUUAUGCUUGCCUCUUUUGUUCCUCCUCACUUUGGGAUGAGGUUGUUUCUACUGCCACUUAACUAACAUUCAGGCUUCCUCACUCUUUAGAGAGGGAUUCCUUUUGAACAUCUUCGUGGCAAGAUACCUGACUAUUCAAGUCUUUGUCUGUUUGGCCGUGUCUGCUAUGUGCUGCUCCCACCUCGUAAGUUCACUAAGUUGACUGCUUAGUCAGUUGAGUGUGUUUUUCUUAGGUACAGUGCUCGAGCAUAGGGAAUAUUGUUGUUGGGAGCUAGUUUCUCGUCAGAUGAUCUCUCGGGAUGUUGUCUUUGAUAAGACUCGUCCUUCUUAUCCUUGUCCUUGUUUCGAUGCUUCAUCAACAUCUUAGGUUGAUCCUCUUUCUUUUCUGUUUUUCCUAGAUGCUCCUGCUCCUACUGUACUUGCCUCACACUUAGAGCAACCUUGUAUAGAGUCCUUACCUACUUUAGAUGUGCCUUCUUCAGUGGUACCUCCUUUGCUGUCUUCUUUAGAAUCUCCUUCCUUGGUCCUUGACUACACUUGGAAGCCUCUAGUGACACAUGUCUACACUCAUUGGAUCGUAGAUUCUUCCUAUACACCAUCUUCCUCUGUUGAACUGCCCUCUUUUGUUGCACCAUCUUAUGUUGUUGACUCAUCUUCCUCUAAUGAUUCACCUUCAUAUAAUGAGACAUCUCCUGCUAAGCAGGAUUCUUUUGCUAAUUCUUCACCAUAGCUGAUUCUUAGAUAGAGUUCUCGCUUUCAUCAGCCACAUAACCGGUACUUUCCUUUGGGGUUUUCUGCUACCUUUCUUUCUGAGCCGGCCUCCUAUCAUGAUGCUAUCCUUCAUCAGGAAAGGCAGCAUGUGAUGGCUGAGGAGAUUGCCGCUUUUGAGCGUAAUGUCAUGUGAGAACUUACAUGCUCCUAUAGUUAAGAAUUUAUUGGAUGGUUUUAUUUUGUUUUAUCGGCUAAUACUCUCACCUCUUUUUUUCCUUAUAAAUUGAGACCCAUUGUAUGGGGGUUCCUUUUAUAAUUUGCUCUUCAUGAUGUUAUUGAGUUGAAACUACUCCCUCCAUUUCAAGUUGUAAGUCGUCACCAUAUAGAUAUGUAACCAAAACUUUGUACCUAGAAAAAACUAAAAUGACUUACAAUUGGAAUGGAGGAGUAACUAUCGAAACAACAUCAACAUCAACAUAGCCUUCCAGUCCCAAGCAAAUUGGGGUAGGCUAGAGUUGAAACCCAACAAGAUGUUACCAAAAAGAGAGAGACAAAGGGGAGGGGAAAAGCUUUUGAGAGCACUAAAAGGGAAAAGGCCUAAUCGCGGUUCGGGCACGUGGAUAGCUUCUUUCCAAGCACUUCUAUCCAAACACAACUCUAUUGGGAUAUUCCAUUCCUUCAAGUCCCUUUUGGUUGCCUCCUCCCAUGUCAAGUUUGGUUGACCUCUACCUCUCUUCACAUUAUUGUCCCGUCUUAUGAUGCGUCUAUGCACCAGUGCCUUUGGGGGUCUCCGGUGGACAUGCCCAAACCAUCUCAACCGUUGUUGAAUAAGCUUUUCUUCAAUUGACGCUACACCUAACCGAUCGCGUAUGUCAUCGUUUCUCACUCGGUCCAAUCUUGUGUGCCCAUAUAUCCAACGCAACAUACGCAUCUCUGCGACACUUACUGUGUGAUUGGUUCCGUGAAUGUCCAGCGCUUGGCUGGCUCGAACCUGGCUCAUCGGAUACGCUCAUGUGCUGUGUCUCCACGGAUGCAGUCAAAGUUAUUCAAUUUGGCUUGGAUUGCACCCACAGAUGCAGGUGUGGUCUGUCCCGUACAAGCAACCAAACACAGACCGAGGCCUGGUCAUUGCAUAUGCAGAGUCUGGUUGUGCUCGUGCAUACAACCAAACAUAUGGUAUAACGUUCGUUGAAGACUGGGAGUUAGUUGUUGGAUAUGUCGUCUCUUAUUAGACCAACACUCAGCCCCAUAUAAUAUAGCAGGCCUAAUCGCUAUCCUGUAGAACUUGCCUUUCAACUUCUGUGGCACUAAAGGAAAAGGAAAAAAUAAUAGUUCAUCCUGCAAACUACUAACACUUAUGAUGUACUCACAACAGUAGUGUUUUUGGUAUUAUGAUCAAUACUCGCUCUAGUCAAGAAAAAAAUUCCAUCAAGAAUGUGUUCAUUCAAACCAUCCUAACUUUGUCCAAAUAUAUUUUUAUAGCGAAUUAUACGGUCGACCCUUGAACUUGUCAGGUCCAUCUACUUUUUUUUCUUUCUUUCUUGAAAUACGCAUGAGAGCUGCAUGCCAUUUUAUUAAGAUAGAGAAAGACACGUAAGAGUCGGAAUAGACCCAACUAGAGUACAAGAAAACCACAACCCCCUACUAUAGCGCCUAAACAGAUGCGCCACAAAAAAAACAAAAACAAACAAAAGGUUUAAAACUCCAUGGCCGACACCCCGAGUCCCUGACCAAGAGCUCCUGGAGCUUUUUUGCUCCAGCCCUACACCAUAGAGUGCCUUCAGCGCUGACAGUCCUCAGUACUUCCUGGAUGCUUGGUGUAGCAUUUUCAAACACACAUGAGUUGCCGUGUUUCCAAACUUUCCAAGCCACCAAAAAUACCAAGGAGUUAAGAUCCUUCUUCAUUUCCUUGGGAACUGCUGAGAUUGUUCACCAGCGUUUAGAGAAACGAGAUGAUACAGGAGCUAGCAUAAGAGCUAGAAUCCCUAUGCGCUGAAAGAUUUUGGCCCAAAUUUGACGAGUGUGGACACAACCGACCAGGAGGUGAUGAAUAGACUCCUCAGCCUGAUCACAUAGAGGGCAAGCCGAUCCGCGGUCCACAAACGGUUAUGGAAAACUAGCCAAAUAAAGAACUUCCAACAGGGGGGCCCAAGUUUUCCAAAUCCGUCUCCAAGGUCCUACUUACAAAUUGCAGUUUUAGGCACAACAUUUUCAAGUGGUUCACCUCCAAGAUCAGGGGUCCAGAAAAUGCAAUUAUAAGUUGAUGGACCUCGAUGGUACAACCUGACAAGUUUAAGGGCCACCAUGAAUUUUACUCAUAUAUUUAAUAUGAAAUAGACCAUGCAGAAAUGGUACAAAUAAGCUUGUCUCAAAACUAGCUUUCUAUACAGUUUCUUUUGGUUUUAAAAAAUAUAGUAUAGUAGAAAUUGGUGGCAAAAUAUGUGUCUGGACAGGAUGUGCUCCUAAAUGACAAUUAGUAGGGGACUGGAGGGGCUACAUUCUUGGCAAGACUCUUGAAGUUUCAUAAGUUACUUUAGGCACUACCCAAUGCUCAUCCAUGAUCACAUGCUCAUGAAACCAUCUGAAAACAACACCGCAUGAAGUAGAAUCUGUAUAACGUGAAACAUGGUUCAGUGCGUGUAUUCAUAGGCCUAUUUGAAGAUCUUCAGUUGUUGGAACAUAUAUUUAGUGCCAUAUAUCCCAAUUUGGUU